UAAGAAAAAAGUGGGUAGUGACCAUCCUCCAGUGGGACGCUGGCCUUUAUAACGUCGAAUGACCCUCCAUUUGGCCUGGAAACGUUAACGUCAAAAAUACAUACUUGGGAAACGGCAGGGACACAAAACCUGAAUUCUUCACCUUUUUGAUAAAUCCCUUCCACCCCCCAACCCUCCAACCAACAGACUUGCAUUAUUCCAACCGAUCAGUAUCCCUCCUACGAAUCAUUGCCACUUUUUGCAACCAUCAUGUCGCGAACUAGAGUUCUGCUGGUCGGAGCUGCGGGCGAAACGGGCGGCUCUAUUGCGAACGGACUGCUCGAGAAUCCCGGCUUUGAGGUUCAUGCCCUCGUCCGUCCCCGUUCGGUUCAGAAGCCUGCCAUCGUAGCCCUGCAAGAGCGAGGCGUACAAAUCCGCAAAGGCGAUCUCAAGGGCCCCGAGAAGUCCCUCGCCGACGUCUUGACCGGAAUCGAUGUCGUUGUCAGCUGUGUCGGGCCUGCGGAACAGCAGGACCAAAUCCCGCUCGCUAAGGCCGCAAAGAGUGCCGGAGUCCAGCGAUUCAUCCCAUGUGGAUUCAUUACUGUGGCACCGCCCGGUGGGAUCAUGUGGUUGAGAGACGAGAAAGAGACAGUGUACAACCACAUCAAACAGCUCCGACUUCCUUACACCAUCAUCGACAUCGGUUGGUGGUACCAGCUUUCUUACCCCCGCCUCGGUUCCGGAAGAACCGACUAUGCCAUGACUACAGCGAACAACGAAAUCGUCGGUGAUGGCAACACUCCUCUUGCCCUGACGGACCUCAGAGAUAUUGGACGCUACGUCGCCAAAAUCAUUGUUGAUGACCGCACGCUGAACAAGAUGGUCUUCGCCUACAACACGGUCUUGACGCAGAAUCAGAUCUAUGACCUUCUGGAGGAGAUCAGCGAGGAGAAGAUCCAGAGGAACUAUAUCCCUGAAGAGACCAUUUACACCAGAGUGCUUGCAGCACGGCAGUCUAGUGAGACUUAUCCCUUCGACCCUGUCAAAUUCAUUCCCCGAUACCUGGCCGAAAACCAACUGUCAUGGGGUGUCCGUGGCGACAACAACCCUGAGUACGCCAAGUACCUAGGCUACUUGACCUCCAAGGAUCUGUAUCCCGACUUCGCUCCUCACGACUUCAGGGAAUAUCUUGAGACGGUUGUCCGAGGCACGGCUAAGGGUGUCUACACCGACCGGGUAAUCUCCAAGGCUCACCAACGGAUGUUCCCUCGGACCGAAUCGAGCGAUUCGCUUUACACCCGGAUAUUCCCGAGAACGGAAUCUAGCGACUCUCUCUACAUGUCGAGGUAAUCGGGACAUGCAUUUUACUUUCAAGCAAAAGGAUUUUGAGGCGACGCUAGACGUGCCUCCUGGGACCCGGCGCGAUGUGUAUAUGACACCAUUUGGUCGAAGCCACGCUAUGCGUUGAUGGCUUCAUUCUCUUCUCUGCCUUAUUUCGCUUUACACGAACGGUUUUAUUAUUUCCGUUUCUUUCUAUUCCCUGGGGGCUCUAGACUGGCGUUUUUGUAUCUAUGAUGGCUUAUGGUUGUCUGAGUGGGUAAGACUCACCACUCAUUUCUUUGAUUUACCAAUGUAUCUGAGGGGCUUUUGACCUUGAUUGGACGAUAUUUCCGUUUAAGCCAGAACUUACUUCUACUUAUACCCAUGCGAUUUGAAUCCAACCUAGACGUGAUCCACACA